AAGAACAUGAGCCACACAUGAAUGACCAAAGGUGUGGAUAUAAUCACAAGAAACCACAAGAUUUUCAUUCCUUCUCAUCAUCAUCUUCUUCUUCUUCCAUUCCUCAUCUCCUUGCCACCAUGGCUACUUUCACAACUUUCCUAUCCAAACCUCCCACAAAUAUUUCAUACUCCACCCCACAAAUCACCCCUCUCCAAUUCCACCACACCCUCAAUCUAUCCAUCUUCACAAAACCUAAACACCAUCCUCUUACAAAGACACAAAAACCACCACUCUUUGUCACAAACGCCGUCGUAUCACCCAAAGAAAAAGACGUGUCAAACACGGACGAGAGAGUGAAGCAAGUACACAGCAUCGAUGAGUUCGAUGAAGCGCUCCGAUCAGCGAAAGACAAGCUAGUUGUAGUUGAGUACGCAGCUAGCACGAGCCAGCAGAGCCGCAAGAUCUACCCUUUCAUGGUUGACCUAAGCAGGACAUGCAACGACGUGGAGUUUCUACUCGUCAUGGGAGACGAAAACGAGAAAACCAAGGCGCUUUGCGAGAGAGAAAAGAUCGAGAAAGUUCCACACUUCAGUUUUUACAAAAGUAUGGAGAUUAUUCACGAAGAGGAAGGGAUUGGCCCGGAUGUGCUGGAGGGGGACGUGUUAUACUACGGCGAUAGCCACUCUGCUGUGGUGCAGCUUCACUCGAGAGAUGACGUGGAGAAGCUGAUUGAAGAUCAUAAGGUUGAUCAUCAGCUGAUUGUUCUUGACGUGGGGCUCAAGCAUUGCGGACCGUGUGUUAAGGUCUAUCCGACGGUGUUGAAGCUGUCGAGGCAGAUGGAUGGGAUGGUUGUGUUUGCGAGGAUGAAUGGAGAUGAGAAUGACAGUUGCAUGCAGUUUUUGAAGGACAUGAAUGUGAUUGAGGUGCCUACGUUUUUGUUUAUUAGAGAUGGUGAUAUUAAGGGGAGAUAUGUUGGUUCGGGUAAGGGUGAGCUUAUUGGAGAGAUUCUUAGAUACCAAGGCGUUCGCGUCACUUAGAUGAGAUUCAUCAGCCAUUGUUUGAUGAUUGUAGCAGCAUUGUACUGAAAGUGUAGAACCCUUUGUUUGAUACUUGAAUUAAGAAAAUGAAUGUACUUUGUAA